AUGCAUCGUUCCCUUGCUCUCCUCGCCCUUGGAUUGGGCUCCACUGCCCAAGCCGCGAUCAUUGAUAUGGAGGGGCUACCAGAUACCGGACUUGAUACUUCAUCAUGGGAGACAGGAAUCGCUCCUCCAAUCGCAAACCUGGUGGAUAUCAAUGAUAUGCAAAUUGCUGCUAAGAAUACACUCGAUGCUGCAGAUUACGCAUACUAUCGGGCAGCUGCUCUAGAUGAAAUCACUUAUCAAGCCAACAUGCUGGGCUGGUCGAAAUUACGGCUCAACGGGUUCAGCUUCGCAGAUGUUUCCAACGUGAACUUGAAGACAACCAUUCUCGGCUAUAACUUCUCCAUGCCCUUCUUUAUCGCCCCGGCCGCGCAAGCUGGCCGUGCAAAUCCCGGCGCCGAGACCAACCUUGUCAAGGCCGCCGGUGCUGCCGGAAUUCUCUACGUGCCCUCCAUCUACAGCUCGCAGUCUAUUCAGACCAUCGGCGCUGCUGCCACCCCGGGACAGGUCAUGUUCCACCAAGAGUACAUCUGGUCGGACAAGGCCCGGCUGCAGUCCGAGCUAGACCAAAUCAAAGCCGCGGGCUUCAAGGCCAUCUUCUUGACCGUUGACAACACGGGUGUCAAUGGUAUCCGCAACCGUCAAAUGCGUUUCUCCCGCGGACGCGAAAACCUGCACUCGGCAAAGUGCACUCUUGCCUCGCUCAAGGAGCUUCAGAACAUGACAACCCUUCCGAUUGUCCCCAAGGGCGUCAAGACAGCGCACGACGUGAAGCUGUGCGCUGAUCUCGGCUUCAAAGCUGUGUACAUCUCCAACCACGGCGGCCGCGUCGUCGACCUCGCGCCCACGGCCGUCGAGGUCCUUCUCGACGUCCACAAGAACUGCCCGGAAGUCUUUGGGAAGAUUGAGAUCUACGCCGACGGUGGUGUCCGGCGAGCCUCGCACGUCCUGGCACUCCUGGCGCUCGGUGCGCGUGCGGUGGGCUUGGGCCGGCCGGCCAUGUUUGCGAACAUCUACGGCCAGCCCGGAGUGGCCAAGAUGAUCAGCAUUCUGCAGGCUGAGCUGACGACGGAGAUGCAGCUCAUGGGCCAGGCUGAUGUCGACAAGUACCGGGGAAACACCAUCUUCCCCAACACCAGGCAAGUCGAGCUUGAGUACUUCGGCGCUCCGCUAUGA